AUGGGCCAGCAGACGAGUACCGUUGCCCUGGUAUCGACGGUGGAGCAGUCUCCCCCCACCGUUCGCGACGAGCUCAUACAACACGCUCUCCUGAGCUUUUCGGCGUUAGACCUCAAAGUGGUGGCGGAGAAGUUAGGCCAGCUGGCGGUGGAUCCCGCCCACCAAUUGACUGCUAAGGAAUUGGGGACGUUGUUUCAGAUUGACUGGAGCGUAUGUGAAGGUUCUGAGGUUGGCGAAGCGCUUACGGAGGUGUUUUCGUCGUUCCGUUAUAUGGGUCAGUUGCUGUCGUCAAAUUCACUCACCGUGGGCCAAUUGUUGGCGACAAUGGCAAUUUAUAUGAAACACGUUAUCAAAGUCGAUGCCAACGAUAUGUUCUUUUAUGGAUUGGCGCUGGAUACUGACAAUUUGCCUCCUAAAGAGCCUGAACCUGAACAACUGGAAAAGCUGGAAAAAGCCAUUGCCGAGCCAGAAAAGCUGGCACAGACUUCUAAGGAGGCAGAAGAGUUACAGCCAGUACUGGAAAAGCUGGUGGAGUCCACUCACGAGGAAUCACUGCCGUUAUCGUCGUCAACAAUCUCAGUCCCUACUUUACCCCACGAAGACUCAUCUGACGCCGAGAUUACCAUUGACUGGAAAACAUUUACGUUACCCUUAGGUGAAUCAUUACCACCACAAUUACCUCGAGGGCAAUUUAUCCGCCUCCUUACGUUACUUCUCAUCGUUGAUUUCGCUCGUGUCAAUAAUGCUACCAACGCUCAAUUAUACCGAUGGUUUGAAAGAUGGCCUGAAUUGAAAACUGAGGCAUUGUCGUUAGCAAACUACUUCACCCCUGAUGCCAAAGACAUACUGAUUGACGACUACCGGCGUGGGGUUCACCGUCUCUCGGGGAUGAUCACCGAUAACUUGGUGUUCUUAUUCAAGCGAGUACUCAACUUCCGUGAGCCUGGAGCUCAAUCCAAACUGAAACUGAAACCAGAGGCAUCAUCAGCAUCAUCGCCGUCGUCGCCGUCAUCGCCUGCUGGACCAGGGAGACGGGUGGCUGACCGUAAUAAGACGACCCAAUUUGCCGAGCUGAGACUUUUGACGCUCCCGUUGUUGAUGUAUCUGUCAUUCACGCUCAACCGUUUAACUUCGGUGUCGUUGAGCUUGGACAAUAUGUUCAAGCUUUAUGGAGCCGAUGCUGGUUUUUCCAUUCGCUCGUUGGAGCUGAGAAUCUUCAAAUGGCAAGCGCCCACGGUGGUACUUAUCAAGGGGAAACGUGUAAAGAAAACCACGCCUCGCUAUACUAAGUUCACCGAUGAGUACCCUCGGUUUUUCCCGCUGGACGAUCCCCAGGCCCAUUUGGCGGAUUUCCAAACCCCGAGCGAUCGCCUCACUUACGCCGCAGUGGUGCACGAGCCGUGGAAGCACUCAAACAAGCAAAACUUUGGCGACAAGCUCAACCUGCUCGUGGAGAUGCUGCCUCGGUUUGACGUGUUUCCUGGCUCGGCUGCUGAAGCGAUCUACUUCAACAAUGUCGGGAUGGGGCUCGGGUUCGGCGCCCACCAGCCAGUUAAUAAGCACGGGGUACGUCGGUUUAACCCGGGCGACGUGUCGUUGGUGGUAGAGGCGAACUUGGAGUACGCCGUGUUCCGCCAUUUGACUACGCCCACUACCGCAGGGCUGUUCUUCUCGCAGUCAGAAGUGGUGGACGUCGACUACGAAGACCGCAUGGUGAUCACAGAUAUCGAGGUGUGGGGGGUGGGGUCUACGACCACCUUGGACGAGCAGCGGAAACAGUGGGAGUGGGAGGAGAAGAUGGCGGAGCAGCGCAAGAACGUCAACGUGCGCAGCAUGGGCGAGGAGCGGGCGUUCUUGGAGAUGGCGGGCAUCAUCCAGCCGGCGAGCGGCGGCGGCUCCGUGUAG